AUGAUUCGUAUAUCAUCUAUUUCGGCACAGUUGGAAGCAUUGAUCGGGGAUGAUCCCGAUGAAAAUGGCGCUGACACAGCACUGAUAGUAUGCGAUCGCUCUGCUGAUUUGUAUGGCUACGCGACCAAGAUCAGUAAAGAACAAGAGCCUCGACCACGAGCUGGGCUCAUGGCACCCGAAACGAAAACACCGCCAUCGUCAGAAGAACACGCUCGAACCCUCGUCGCGAUUUCCAUUUCUUCAUGGCGUGAAAAGGGCAUGAAAAAAGUGCGCCGAAAUAUGUCCGCUACAAGCCGUCCAUCAAAUCCACGUCGUCACGAGUCCCGCGCUGCCCGUAGUGGCGAUCACUCGAGCCCUGACCCGACGAGCAAGAGAUACGCCUCUAUCAGACAAAGUGCUCUUGAUGGAACGUGGGUGUCUUCUGACACAGAAGACAAGAGUGGAUCCGCCAUGGAUGGAGAGAGCGAGCAUGACACCAGCGCACCCUUGCUUGUCGAAUGUGAGCAUGGUCGACUUCUGAUUGCCCGAAUUUAUGUGCCUGCUAUUUCUGAACAAUAUGAACGCCAUCGGGAACAGCGCAUGUUGCAAGUACCAACAUCUCAUAUCGGCUCCAGGCGCCACUCCUAUGCGAAUAGUACUAGGUCUGCAUCAGGUGGUGGAGAUGUCUCUAAGACGGCACAGAAUGCCGUCACGAAUCUACGCUCUCAGUUCACUUUGGAAGAUGCGAUGGAUCCAGGGUUCUCUACUGAAGAUGAGACUGACUUGGAUUCGAUGUGGUCGGAUGCAAUCAGGCAUGACAUAAAUAUGAACAUGAAAAUGAAUGAACUUUUACUUGUAUUGCAUGCACCAGGUUCAGGUGAGCAUGCUGUCACAUGGCCAACGCUUCUGCAGCAAGCUAUUGCAUUUGCUGAUAUGAAUCCGCAUCCCACAUCGAAGCACAAAUCGUCACAAACGUCAUCAUCAUCCACAUUGUCAGCGAAUGCUGCUAUUGAUACUGCUUCUUCUAUUUCACCCGCCACAACACCAGCAGCUGCCAAGUCAUCACCCACGAACUUGGUCUUGACGUAA